AUGAAAUCCAUUUCUUUCCAUUCUCCAAAUCCUAAGAGACAUCAAAAAAACCCAAGAUCGCCUUCGAAAUCGAAGUCUGCAGACCUUUCUCAGUACUUGAACACCAAGCUUUCGUUUAUUUUAUCAGAAUACUUAUUAGAUACAGUAAAUGCAGGCAUACCUUUAUAUGAUUCGUUUUCAAUAGUUGAUUCUCCACCGAAACAUUUGAUGAGGAAAAAUAAAUUAAAGCACAUCAGCUCAAAAAGCGUUAAAAAUCUGCCAAAGCAGAGUAGGGUAGCUAAGCUACCGAGAGCUAUCUCCCACAAAGUAAUUUUAGGAGAAGUCGAAAAUACAGAUAACGAUUCCAGGCACUAUGUAUACUAUGAUGAGCUAAACAGAUCUCGUUCAAAAAAGAAAAGGAUCCAGCCAAUUCAGUCAAGAAAUGACCGAAGCCCUUACUCAUCAAACUGAAAUGUUAAAGCCCUGAAUGAAUUUUAUAAAGAAAAUAUCAAAAGGAGAUCAACCUCACUCAGACUGACAAACUCUACAAGUAAAACAAGAUCAAGCAGCAGAGGAUCAUUAUUAAGGUCUAUGGUAUCUGUUUCUCGAUUUAAAUCGUUAAGCCCCGAUAGAACAAAGAACUGGAAAUACAAAAGUUAA